CCGGGUGCCCUCCCGGUCGUCCUCCUGUCCCCGCUCCGGUCCCAGAGUCCGAUGGCGGCCGCCGUGCUGAGGGACCCGGCUCUGGGCCAUGUGACCUUUGAGGACGUGGCCGUCUGCUUCUCCCAGGAGGAGUGGAAACUGCUUGACGAAGCUCAGAGGCUCCUGUACCGCAGUGUGAUGCUGGAGAACUUUGCACUUACUGCCUCUCUGGGACUUGCAUCUUCCAGGAGCCAUGAAAUAAUCCAACUGGAGUCAUGGGGAGAGCCCUUCAUGCCUGCCUGGGGAUUCCUGGCUCCAGCCUUGCCAAAAGGUUGUUGGCAUGGAGUGGAGGCUAAGGAGAUGCCUUCUGAGCAGAGUGCUUCUGUAGAAGCAGUGCUCGGUUCACACGUUUACCAAUACCAGCAGCUGCACUGUACAGAGAAACUCUUAAAAAGAGAAGGAGGGUGGGUCCCGGUUUUAAGGAGCUGCAGAGUCCACCUGUCAGAGAAGCCCUUCCACAGCAGAGAGGACGGGAAGGACUUCCCGACCAGCGUGGGUCUUCACAAGCACCAGGUGACUCACAGUGGAGGGGAGUCACACAGGAGCAUCGAAAGUGGGGAGGCCUUUCACACUGGAAAAAGGCAUUACGAAUGCAGUGAAUGUGGGAAAGCCUUUGGUCAGAAAUAUUUACUUGUUCAGCACCAGAGACUACACACUGGAGAAAAGCCUUACGAAUGCAGUGAAUGUGGGAAAUUAUUUAGCCAUAAAUCCAACCUUUUCAUACACCAAAUAGUUCACACUGGAGAAAGGCCUUAUGGGUGUAACGAAUGUGGAAAAUCCUUUAGCCGCAAUGCUGACCUCAUUCAACACCAGAGAGUUCACACCGGAGAAAAGCCUUUUACAUGCAAUGAGUGUGGAAAAGCUUUCAGGCAUAAUUCUACACUUGUUCAGCAUCACAGAAUCCACACUGGAGUAAGGCCUUAUGAGUGCAGCGAAUGUGGGAAAUUCUUUAGCUUCAACUCCAGCCUUAUGAAACAUCAGAGAGUCCACACUGGAGAAAGACCUUAUAAGUGCAGUGAAUGUGGGAAAUUCUAUAGCCACAAGUCUAGCCUUAUUAAUCAUUGGCGAGUUCACACUGGCGAAAGGCCGUAUGAGUGCAGUGAAUGUGGGAAGUUUUUCAGCCAAAGCUCUAGCCUCAUGCAACAUCGAAAAGUUCACACUGGAGAAAAGCCUUUUAAGUGCAAUGAAUGCGGGAGAUUCUUUAGUGAGAAUUCCAGCCUUGUUAAGCAUCAGAGAGUUCACACUGGAGCAAGGCCUUAUGAGUGCAGAGAAUGUGGAAAGUUUUUUCGCCACAGCUCCAGUCUUGUUAAACAUCGGAGGAUUCACACUGGAGAGAUGCCUUAUGAGUGCAGCAAUUGUGGGAAAUCCUUUAGCCAGCGUUUCAACCUCAUUCAACACCAGAAAGUUCACACUGGAGAAAAGCCUUAUGAAUGCAAAGAAUGUGGAAAAACCUUUAACCAAAUGUCUGCUCUGAUUCUGCAACAGAAUCUUUACAACCCAGGUAGGCCUUAUGAAUACCGUGAAAGUGGAGAAAGGUCUUAGGAGUGCACCGUACAUGCUAUCUCCCAGUCUAUAUAACUUGACUUAAAUGGAGAAACACUGAGAGUACCCUUUAUGAGGGAGCCAGCAAUUGAACAUCAUCCAUCCAAAUAUGCA